UGCGCCUCAUCCUCGUCUCGAACCAACAAGCUAGCUAGCACCAUUAGCAGCAAGCUCUGCGCCUCUGCAUCAACCGAUCAGGAGGAAGAAGAAGAGAUUCGAUGGGGAGGGAUCAUGAUAAUCAGCAGCAGGAAGCAGGGGCAGUGGUGCGGCAUGAGAAGGUGAAGCUGUUCAUGGGGGUGCUGGCGCUGCAGUUGAUGCUGGCCGGGUUCCACAUCGUGAGCCGGGCGGCGCUCAACAUGGGCGUCAGCAAGCUCGUCUUCAUCGUCUACCGCAACCUCAUCUCCCUCGCACUCCUUGCCCCCUUCGCCUACUUCCUCGAGAAGAAAGACAGGCCGCCGCUCACCUUCUCUUUGCUGGCGGAGUUCUUCGUGCUAGCACUCAUCGGGAUCACUGCGAACCAGGGGUUCUACCUGCUGGGGCUGUACCACCUGUCACCAACCUACGCGUCCGCGAUACAGAACACGGUGCCGGCGAUCACCUUCGUGAUGGCAGCGGUGCUAAGGCUGGAGCAGGUGGACCUGGGCCGGCGGCACGGGGUGGCGAAAGUGGUGGGGACCGUGGUCAGCGUCGGCGGCGCCACCGUGAUCACGCUCUACAAGGGCAUCCCGCUCUUCGCCCGGCACAACCUCCACGUCCAGUCCAUGGUGGAGCUUGCUUCCUCCAGCCCCAUCUUCAACUGGACCCUCGGCUGCAUCUUCAUCCUCGGCCACUGCCUCUCCUGGUCCGGAUGGAUGGUCCUCCAGGUGCCCGUGCUCAAGAGGUACCCGGCGAGGCUGUCGUUGAUCACCAUGACCUGCGUCUUCGGCUUGCUCCAGUUCCUCGUCAUCGCGGCUUUCACUGAGGAAGACCUUAGCCGGUGGAAGGUCAGCUCCGGUGGGGAGCUCUUCACCAUCCUCUACGCCGGGCUGGUGGCAUCUGGAGUUGCUUUUGCUCUGCAGAUCUGGUGCAUCGACAGGGGAGGCCCGCUUUUCACCGCCGUCUUCCAACCCGUGCAGACCGUCGCCGUUGCCGUCAUGGCCGCCGUCAUCCUCGGCGACCAGCUCUACACCGGAGGGAUUAUUGGAGCCGUGCUGAUCGUCAUCGGGCUCUACUUCGUGCUGUGGGGCAAGAGCGAGGAGAAGAGAACCAAGGUCCUGAACCAAGAUCCGGACACGGUCACCAGGCACCUGCUUGCCGGGCAGCAAGACUCGUCUCCGGCCAAAGAUCGACAAGUGAACACUGACCUGGCGUGAUCGAUGAGGAUCGAGCUUAAAAGCUAUAGCUACUGGAUUUGGUGGGGAUGUACGUACUAAUGUUGGUGCAUGCCUGUGCUUUUAAAAAAAAACUGUUUCGGAAUGCAACCAAGAAGGGAUUUUAUCGUGACUACGUGGACUUCUGCGAAGCACUAGUCGUAUGUGCUACGGAUCUCGUUGUGUAUAGCUGGUCCCUGUUUCUAUGUGUAUAUCGAUCAAUUGGGGGGAAAAAACCUGAAUCAAGUUGCUUUGAUCUUA